UCAUUCAAAACAGCUCUCGAGGAAACUUUGACGAACGCUCGUUUUCAUUUGGCAAAUCAUUCCAUUUCUUAGCUUGUUAUAUAAGCAGAUCAAGCAAGCAAUUCUGCAACAACAUCACCUUUUUCUUCUUCUUCUUCUUCUUCUUCUUUGAGGUGUAUCCAUGACAAAGCAAAAGGUCGAAUGGGGAGUUGGGGAUCCGACCAUCAACGUCGUUGGGGAUCGAUUCUGUAACCCUCACCCUCUGGAGCUAUCUGUGAAGAGGAAAAUGGGUUUGUCGCUCACCACAUACGACGUCUAUGAUGUUAGCGGAAAUCUGCUUCUCCAGGUCGAUGGUGGUGUCUGGAGGCUUGAUAGGAAACGGGUCAUGCGCGACCCGGCUGGCUUCCCUGUCCUCACCAUGCGCGGAAAGGCACUCUCACUGAGAGACAAAUGGAGUGUUUACCAUGGCGAAAGUAGCGAGAACAGUGAUUUAAUAUUCUGUGCACAGCAAUCUAAAGCUCUGAAAUUGAAAUCAGAAUUUGAUAUCUUCUUAGCUAACAAUUUGGGGAAAGAAGUUCGUGAUUUCCGGACUUCUGGAAGUUACACCAAUUUAUCCUUCAAAGUCUACAAAGACAAUGCUGUCAUUGCUCGGUUUUCACAGGUAAACCAUAAGUACUCGUGGAAAAGCUUUAAAGGCCUAGACACAUACAGUGUAAAAGUGAAUCCGGAGGUUGAUUAUGCAUUCAUCAUCGCGCUGCUCGUGAUGAUCGAUGAGACUGAAUAUCAAUCUUGAUUUCUCUUUUCUUUUCAAGAAAAAUUUCUUUUUCGUUCUCAGAUUAGCACACAGAAAUCUUGUUCUUGAAGAAAUACCAUAUACUGAUGGAGAUAGAAAUAUAGUUUUCUCUUCUUUCUUUUGA